CGGUCGCUGUGGUCUCUGGUAGUAAGCAGCGCGUGGCCGCGCACGUACGCUGCUAGGCAGCACGUCGUCUGUGUCUGCUGCUGUCGAGUAUAAGCUGGCUGUGACGAGCCCAAACCACGGCCACUCCUCUGACUCACACACUGACACUUGCACACACAGAGACAGGUGUGUGUGUGGCUAGCAGAGCAGAUACCUCAGCAGCAGGUCGGACACAUUGUGCAGAAUUUGGAUUCUAUUUUUAUUACAGUUUUUAUACAUAAAACACCGCCAUUAUGUUGUGGACGGCGAGUCAAGUCUUAAGGAAAUUCUCCACAUCGUCCUAUUAUUACCAGAAUAAGCUCAAAGUAGCUAUAAUUGGCCAGAGCCUGUUCGGCCAGGAGGUGUACAGCAACCUGAGGAAGCAGGGUCACAAGGUGGUGGGUGUGUUCACAGUCCCCGACAAGGAUGGCAAGGCCGACCCCCUGGCAACGGCAGCGCAGAAGGACGGGACGCCGGUGUUCAAGUUCCCAAGAUGGCGGGUCAAGGGGAAGCCCAUCCCUGAGGUGGUGGAAGCCUACAAGGCGGUUGGCGCCGAGCUCAACGUCAUGCCCUUCUGCUCCCAGUUCAUCCCCAUGAACAUCAUCGAUAACCCCAAGCAUGGCUCCAUCAUCUAUCACCCCUCCAUCCUGCCUCUGCACAGAGGAGCGUCAGCCAUCAACUGGACCCUGAUCCACGGUGAUAAGAAAGCUGGAUUUACAGUGUUCUGGGCUGAUGAUGGGCUGGACACCGGACCAAUCUUGCUGCAGAGGGAGUGUGCUGUUGAGCCUAACGACACCGUGGACACACUCUACAACCGCUUCCUCUUCCCAGAGGGCAUCAAGGCUAUGGUGGAGUCGGUACAACUCAUUGCUGAUGGAAAGGCCCCUCGAAUUCCCCAGUCAAAGGAAGGAGCAACCUAUGAAGGCAUUCAGAAGAAAUCCAACGCCAAGGUCAACCUAGCCCAACCAGCUGAGGCAAUCCACAACUGGAUCCGCGGUCAUGAUAAAGUCCCUGGGGCCAACACCAUCAUUGAUGGUCAGACUGUGACCCUGUAUGGCUCAUCCAUGUUGGGGGGGUCGGUACCAGACGGUCAGCCCCUGGAGAUAGAGGGUGCGUCCAAGCCCGGCCUGAUCACCAAGAACGGACUUGUGUUGCAUGGAACAGAUGGGAAAGCUCUCCUGGUGAAGAACCUGCAGUUUGAAGAUGGAAAGAUGAUCCCUGCUUCUAAAUACUUCUCCUCUGGGGAAAGCUCCAGUGUGGAGCUGACUGAUGAUGAAAAGAAGAAGGCAGAGGAGAUCAGGAACAUCUGGAAGGGCAUCCUCAGCAACGUUCCCGCCGUUGAGGACACCACAGACUUCUUCAAGUCCGGAGCCGCCUCCAUGGAUGUUGUCAGGCUGGUGGAGGAGGUGAAGCAGAAGUGUGCCGGCGUCCAACUGCAGAGCGAGGAUGUGUACAUGGCUACCACCUUCCAGGACUUCAUCCAGAUGUUCGUCCGCAAGCUGAGAGGAGAGGACCAGGAGGAGGAGCUGGUCAUCGACUAUGCAACCAAAGAUGUGAACAACAUGACAGUGAAAAUGCCAUACCAGUGUUUCAUCAACGGCAAGUUUGAGGAUGCAGAAAAUGGCAAGGACUACAACACCAUCAACCCUACGGACGGAUCAGUGAUCUGUAAAGUUUCCUUCGCCUCAGUGGGGGAUGUGGACCGUGCGGUGGCAGCUGCAAAAGAAGCGUAUGAUAAUGGACCCUGGGGCAGAAUGAACCCUAGAGACAGAGGAAGUCUGCUUUACAAGCUUGCAGACCUGAUGGAGGAGCACCAGGAGGAGCUGGCCACCAUUGAGACCAUCGACUCAGGAGCAGUGUACACUCUGGCCCUCAAGACACACGUAGGCAUGUCCAUCCAGACCUUCCGAUACUUCGCCGGAUGGUGCGACAAGAUCCAGGGCAAGACGAUCCCCAUCAACCAAGCCAGACCCAAUCGCAAUCUGACCUUCACUAAGAGAGAACCUCUGGGUGUGUGUGCCAUCGUCAUUCCAUGGAACUAUCCUCUCAUGAUGCUGGCGUGGAAGAGCGCUGCCUGCCUCGCAGCUGGGAACACACUCGUUCUUAAACCUGCACAGGUCACUCCGUUGACGGCAUUGAAGUUUGCUGAGCUGUCUGUGAAAGCUGGCAUUCCUAAAGGAGUCAUAAAUAUUUUGCCAGGCUCAGGUGGUAUGGUGGGACAGCGUUUGUCCGACCACCCAGACAUCCGCAAGCUGGGCUUCACUGGCUCCACACCUAUCGGCAAACAGAUCAUGAAGAGCUGUGCACUCAGUAACCUGAAGAAGGUUUCUCUGGAGCUGGGAGGGAAGUCUCCUCUCAUCAUCUUCAGUGACUGUGACAUGGACAAGGCUGUUCGCAUGGGCAUGAGCUCUGUGUAUUUCAACAAGGGUGAGAACUGCAUCGCUGCUGGACGUCUGUUUGUGGAGGAGUCCAUUCAUGAUGAGUUCAUCAGCCGAGUGGUGGAAGAGCUGAAGAAGAUGAAGAUUGGAGACCCACUGGAUCGCUCCACAGACCAUGGCCCACAGAACCACAAGGCCCACCUGGACAAGCUGCUGGAGUACUGUGAGGUCGGCUUGAAGGAGGGAGCUACGCUAGUGUAUGGAGGGAAACAGGUGGACAGGCCAGGUUUCUUCAUGGAGCCCACUGUGUUCACUGAUGUGGAGGACCACAUGUUCAUCGCCAAAGAGGAGUCAUUCGGCCCCGUCAUGGUGGUGUCUAAAUUUAAAAAUGGUGAUGUAGACGGCGUGCUGGAUAGAGCCAACGACACAGAGUAUGGCCUGGCUUCAGGCGUGUUCACCCGCGACAUCAACAAGGCCAUGUACGUGAGCGAGCGGCUGGAGGCUGGGACUGUAUUUGUCAACACCUACAACAAGACGGACGUGGCUUCACCUUUCGGAGGCUUCAAACAGUCCGGCUUUGGCAAAGACCUUGGAGAAGAUGCUCUCAUGGAAUACCUCAAGACCAAAGCAGUGACUGUGGAGUACUGAGGCACAGACUCUUCUGAUGAACUCUGACUUACAUCUGAAUAGGAAGGGACUCGUCUGCUGCUUCAGCCAGACAUCCAGCUUCAUUGAGCAUUGCUUCUGGACAGUGUGUGUGGCUGUGUGUGAGUGUAUGGACUGUAUGAGUCUGAGGGGAGCUUGGAACGCUUUUAAAAAAAAUAAAUCCACACCAUGAACAAGGGAAAAAAACAAAACAGAGCUGGAUGCCUGGGAGCUGAGCUGGUUCUGACUAUUUUCAAGGGUUCUUUAAAGUGUGUUUUACGUUAAAACACCAUUUUCAAUCUGAAACCUGUUUUCCCAUCAUUGUCAAUCAUGCGAACAUUUGAAAAUCAUCUGAAAUCAUGCCUUUCUCAUUCACUUGUAACGCUGCCUUCAUCAUUCCUUUAAUAUCUCUUUUUGUUUUUCCUUUUACAGCUUCUGGGCUGUUUUGCGCUAUAUCAGAAAUCAGACAAGUGUAUGGAUUACUCAUCUAUACAUGAAUGUGAAUGUUGAAGCUUGUGUUCAGAUGCCUUUCACUUAAUUUUUGGAGUUGCCAGUACCCUUGAGAACUUCAUCAGGUCAGCAAACAAAAUUUAAGUAAGUUGAAAAUAGAAAACAGGAUUCAGGUCAAAAAGCCAGAGUUACAUUUAAAUCCUUAAUCCACAUAAAACCAUUGAGAAAAUAAUAUAAAUUCAAGGUCUACAUAUGAGAUUUUUUACAAAGCUUUCUCCCCCAUUUCAUAGUUUUCAUCAUUCGAUGAGCUCAGGAAAAAAGCCAGUAAAUCGACCUUGAGUUCAAGACUGAAAAUAAGUCUUUAACUGCCCAAUCACAUACUGGGUGUAGUUAGAAAUGUGAACUUGUAACUCACCGAUACCCCUUUUCUCCCAACAUGAACACAGUUCUUUUGCUGGGCUGGUGCUGGUACUGGUUCGCAGUAGGUUCAACUUGCAAACCGUUUCAGAACCUAUUUGCCCUUCCACAGGCUCGAGAGCCACGUCAUUACGUCACUACAUCUGUGUUAGGGCUGGGCGAUAUGGACCAAAAGUCAUAUCCCCAUAUAUUUAGGCUUAAUAUCAAUAUACGAUAUAUAUCCUGAUAUUUUUUUAUUGCAAAGUGAGAGCAAAUGUUCAGUCAAAGUCAGAUAUACUAUGUCACAAGUAAUUUUAUUGAAACCGUUUAAGUGAACAUAAAUACUGUAUAACAACAGGAGUACAUUUUUUUAAAGAUCAAAGCUCCAUAAAGUGCUUUUUUUUUUUUUUUUAAAGAUGAUUUUUUGGGCAUUUUUAUGCUUCUAUUGAAAGUGAUAGAGGGUGAUAGAGGGGAAGACAUGCGGCAAAGUGAGCUCAGGCCGGAUUCGAACCCGGCUCCGCCGCAGCAAGGACUCAGCCUUAGUGGUAAGCGCUCUACCAGUGUGAGCCACCGGGAAGCCCCAAAAAGUGCAUAUUUAAAAAUAUAUAUAUAUCUUGAAUAUAAACCUAUAAAAUAAAAUAGGCCAAUCUUUUUCUGAAAUAAAUAUAUUUAUAUGAGAAAAGAAUAACAAAUAUUACAAAAGAACUAAAUAUGACAAACCCUAGUAAGGGCAGCAUUUAUAUAGAAAGAAAGAAAGAACUAAAAUAACGAUAUUUGUGAUAUAGUCUAAUUCCAUAUCACAUUUAAAAAUAUAUCGAUAUAUUUUUUAUAUCAGUAUAUCACCCAGCCCUAAUCUGUGUACAUCUCUGCUCUCUCAGAAAGUAUAAUAACAACAAUGGCAGACUACAUCAUCUCUCUACAAAUGUUGCUCCUGGCUUUGUGAACCUCCAUUAGCAUCCAAACACGACACGUACAACACAUACAUGUACGGCUCGUCCUUAAUGCUAUGGACGCGAUUAUGUUCUUAACACUGAACGUAAGAUUUAACAUCAAAUUGGACUUUAUUUUAAGCUAAUGCUAGCAUGCUAACGCUAGCCCAAGAGUUGGCAACCUUUAUGGGCAAAAGAGCCACUGUUGGCCGAAAAAAAAGGGAAAAACUGUCGGAUUGGAGCCGAAAACCUUAUUCCGAGCCUUACAAUGACAAAAAAACAGCCGACUAAGUCUAAACUAACCUACCAGCUUUACUAAUAGGUCAUAAUAAGCAUUUAUCAAUAUGAUUUUGUCAGAAAGCAGUGAGAACCAAAGUGCAAAUGAGGAACUGACACAAAUCUCAGGAAAUUUGGAAUCAAAAGGGAAACUAGGGACACUUAAAACUAGACUUGAAGUUGGCAAAAUUUAGAGGUUAUGGUGUUGACGUAAACAAAUAACUGUUUCGUUUUGUAUAUAUGUUUUGGUCACAGCCACAGGGAGCCACUGCAGAUGGCCAGAAGACCCACAUGUGGCUCUGGAGCCACAGGUUGCCUACCCCUGCGCUAGCCCGCUAACACUAGCCCAUAUCAAUCACACUGCAGAUAAACAAAUAAAGUAAACUGAAUGUUACACGUUUUAGUUGAUCUUGUUGGUCACGAUAAAAUCCGCCCCCAGCCCCUGGCGUAAUCCUGGCUGAGGGCCUGCAGUAUAAAAGCGAGGAACUGGUUCAAGAUUCGGCACCGGCUCCGAACUGGCCCUGGAACUGCCUUGGUCAGAAAUGGAUAUGAGGCAACAGGAGAACUUAAACCAGUAUAAAUCCACAACAACAAGAUAUUUUAGGGGGUGUUACAGUCUAAUAUUGUAUUUUUAGACUACUAUUCCCAAGGUAAAGAAUAAACUUUCACACUCACAUAAAAACAAACUGGUAGCAGUGACAGGAGGAAUUAUUGAUACUCUUUAUUUCUUGUCAAUCGAUUAAAGUCUUAAUCAGGACUGGCUUCACGACGGCCAAAUGCAAGUUGGUUAUGAACCAUAAUUUUAGAUUUCCUACUUGUGAGGGAGAUUUUAUAUUUCUUUUAGUACAUUAUGCAUAUUGUCCUUAAGAGACUUGAAACAAGUUUACGACAGGUAAUCCAUUAUAGUUAACAUUACGACACUAUUAUAUUUUAUAUUUAGAAUUCUGAUUUAUUAUUUUUGAUUAUUUGAUUAGCUGUCUUUAAAAUGGUUAAAAAUGUCAGUCAGUGUUUCCCAAAGCCCAAGAUGACAUCUGCAAAUGUCUUGUUUUGUACACUCAAAGGUUAUUGGUGUACUGUCAUAAAGAAACCAGAACAUUUUUACAUUACAAAGUUUUAAUCAGAGAAUGUUGCCUUUUUUGUCAUAAACAAUGACUCAAACUGAUUGAUUUAUCAUCAAAAUAGUUGGUGGUUAAUCUUUGCAGCUCUAGUGACAUCCAAUAUUUGAGAUUUAGUUGCUAAAAAGCAUCACAUUCACAAGCCAUGUCAUGAGGAAAUCAUUUUCAAAAGACAUUAAGCAAUGAUGUUUGCUGUGUUAGCCUUACCAUAUGGUGACAAUGUAAGUUUAACAAAAUAUAGCUAAAAAACAUAUUCAACUGUAAUGGAUGGAACUGUCUCAAGCAUUUUUCAAGUUCUGUUGUAAAUGGUUCACCCUUUUCCUGUCUUAACUUUUGGUCAGAAGUUAAGAUUUUUGAUCAGUAUUUAUUGUCACUUCAUUAAGGUAUCAUUAGCCAUUUUUUUCUCUCUCAUCACACUGGCUGUUUCAUGUCCUUGCAGCUGUCUGUUCCCACGGCUUUAGACAUUCACUCUCUUCCCUUUGUUAAAUUUAACGUCUUUGUAAAUAUAUUUUUAACAAUAUAGGGAUAAGGACUAUUUGAUAUAUUUUUGUCAAACAGAAGAAGACUAUGUUAUAACACUAUAUUUUAUUUGUUAAAGAUACACCAGCUUGAUGUUUGUGCGCAUCAGUAAUUUGAAGUUGUGAGUCAAGGCAGCAAGGGCUAAGAAGCGUUUUUUUUCUCAACCUUUUCUGAAAAAGGUGAGAUUGGUCCCCUUCAAUAAACACUACGUCUUCAGCCAGUUAUGUGAUACGACGGUAAAUAAACUUUGGUUUGAAUUUUA